CGCUCAGUUAUGGCGGUGUCAGGGAGUCGCAAGGAUGGAGUACAAUCCACAUCUUGAUAUCUGAUUUUUCUCGUUGACUCAGGAACGUGUUACCACUUUUCCUUGAUUGUUACAUACUACUCAGUAUUAUUCCUGCAACGAUGGCGGGCCGAGGCGUGGAUAUGUCAGCACUACCAAAAGAGGUCAGGGACCAAUUGGCGGAGUUGGAUUUGGAGCUGUCUGAAGGUGAUAUCACUCAGAAGGGAUAUGAGAAGAAAAAGACUAAACUUCUGCUUCUCUUCUUCAUGCAAACACCAGUAGAACCUCCCCCCCCUGCCUAUGACGCACAUGCUCCUGGUCCUAGCAACGCCUCUGGCUCCACCCAUGUUAGCGCUCACACACAGGCUCCUCCCCCCAGCUCCUCUUCUCGCUACCGUGAUCGCCGCUCCCGACGACCGCACCGCAGCGGAGGGACCAGGGAUGACCGCUACCGAUCAGAUAUCCACACAGAGACGGUGCAGGCUGCGUUGGCCAAACAUAAGGAGGAGAAGAUGGCACUGCCCAUGCCCACCAAACGCCGCUCCACCUACGUCCAGUCGCCCGUCAUGAACUGCACCCCACCAGGUAGCGUAGGACUGACCCCCUCAAAUCAGCCUGACUGCUUCUAUUUCCUCAGGAACAGCCUACACUCGUCGUCAGGUUCAGAGAAUGAGAGUGCUCUGCUGAGGCAGUCGUCAGUGGGAGCCGAUUUGGAGGCUCUGGACACUCCCUCUCUGCUGCAGCCCCCGAGUCUGCAGAGCCCUGACUCCUGGAUCAACCACUCUGUCCAAGGCUCAUCCACCUCCUCCUCUGCCUCCUCCACCCUGUCCCAUGGAGAGGGCAAGCCCCAGCCUCAACCAUCCCAGCCCCAAGCCCAGCCCCAGUACAAGCCCCAGUAUCAGCCCCAGUAUCAGCCCCAAUAUCAGCCCCAGUACCAGCCGCAGUACCAACCACAACUACACCAUCCAGUCAUAGCUGACAUGCUGGCUCACGCACGUAUCGGCCCUUCAGAGAACAGUGCCCCCCCAGAUGUGGCAACAGCGGCCCCCCAGGCCAGGGACUUCUCUCAGGUGGACCGGCCCAACAACCCUCCCGUGGUCCGGGGGAUGAGCCGCGGACAGAGUCACUCCGGCAUGAUGGAGACAGCCGACGGUGUCCCGGUUAACAGCAGGGUGUCCACUAAGAUUCAGCAGCUGCUCAACACCUUGAAGAGGCCCAAGAGGCCCCCCCUCAGUGAGUUCUUCAUGGACGACCAGGAGGAAAUUGUAGAGGUGCCUCAGCCGGACCCCAACACCCCGCGGCCAGAGGGACGUCCAAUCAUCCCAGUGAAGGGGGAGCCCCUGGGGGUGGUCAGUAACUGGCCCCCUGCCCUCCAGGCUGCCCUGGUUCGCUGGGGGGCCACACAGGGCAAGAGCCCCGCCCUCACCGCCUUGGACAUCACUGGCAAACCCCUGUACACACUGACAUACGGAAAGCUGUGGAGCCGCAGUGUGAAGCUGGCCUACACCCUCCUCAAUAAACUGGGGCCCAAGAACGAGCAGGUCCUCAAGCCUGGGGACAGGGUGGCUCUAGUGUACCCUAACAGUGACCCUGGGAUGUUUUUGGUGGCCUUCUAUGGCUGCCUGCUAGCUGAGGUCAUCCCUGUCCCUAUAGAGGUACCUCUGUCUCGCAAGGAUGCAGGCAGUAGUCAGGUAGGCUUCCUGUUGGGCAGCUGUAGUGUGAGUUUGGCUCUGACCAGUGAGAUCUGUCUGAAGGGACUUCCCAAGAUGCCCACCGGAGAGAUUCUACAGUUUAAAGGCUGGCCUCGGCUAAAGUGGGUGGUGACAGAUUCCAAGUACCUCACCAAACCUGGCAAGGACUGGCAGCCCCAUAUCCCUACAGCGAACACUGACCCUGCAUACAUAGAGUACAAGGCUAGUAAGGAGGGCACAGUGAUGGGUGUGGCUGUGUCUAAGGUGGCCAUGUUGACCCAUUGUCAAGCACUGACCCAGGCCUGCAACUACUGUGAGGGUGAGACACUAGUGAACGUUCUGGACUUUAAAAAGGACAUGGGCCUGUGGCAUGGAGUUCUCACGAGUGUAAUGAACAGGAUCCACACCAUCAGUGUGCCCUAUGCUGUGAUGAAGGCUUGCCCUCUCUCCUGGGUUCAGAGGGUCCACAUACACAAAGCGCGCGUUGCCUUGGUGAAGUGUCGUGACCUGCACUGGGCCAUGAUGGCACACAGGGAACAGAGGGACACCAGCCUGGAAUCACUGCACAUGCUCAUCGUUGCUGAUGGAGCCAACCCAUGGUCGGUGUCAUCAUGUGAUGCCUUCCUCAACGUGUUCCAGAUCCACGGGUUGAAGCCAGAGGUCAUCUGUCCCUGUGCCACCAGCCCUGAGGCCAUGACGGUGGCCAUCCGCAGGCCGGGGAUGCCGGGGACGCCCCUCCCAGCCAGGGCCAUCCUCUCCAUGGGGGGUCUAAGUCACGGGGUCAUCAGGGUCAAUGCGGAGGACAAGAACUCUGCCCUCACCGUGCAGGACGUGGGUCACGUGAUGCCUGGAGCUCUGAUGUGUAUAGUGAAGCCUGAAGGGCCUCCUCAGCUGUGUAAGACAGAUGAGAUAGGGGAGAUUGUGGUGAACUCUCGUGCCGGAGGCAACAUGUACUAUGGCCUACCAGGAGUCACCAAGAACACCUUUGAGGUGAUUCCAGUCAAUACUCUUGGUGCUCCUAUUGGAGAGAUCCCCUUUGUGAGAUCUGGACUCCUAGGCUUUGUAGGACCUGGCAGUCUGAUAUUUGUGGUGGGGAAAAACGAAGGCCUGCUGAUGGUGAGUGGGAGGAGACACAAUGCUGAUGACUUGGUUGCCACAGCACUCGCCGUGGAGCCUGUCAAGACUGUGUAUCGCGGAAGGAUUGCGGUGUUCUCUGUGGCGGUGUUCUAUGAUGAGAGGAUUGUGGUUGUGGCAGAGCAGAGGCCAGAUGCCAGUGAGGAGGACAGCUUCCAGUGGAUGAGUAGAGUACUGCAGGCCAUUGACAGUAUCCACCAGGUGGGUCUGUACAGCCUAGCCCUGGUACCUGCCAACACGUUACCCAAGACCCACCUGGGAGGGAUCCACAUCUUUGAGACCAAGCAGAACUUCCUGGACGGCAACCUGCACCCCUGUAACAUCCUCAUGUGCCCCCAUACCUGUGUCACCAACCUCCCCAAACCACGGCAGAAACAGCCAGUGGGUGUGGGUCCAGCCUCCAUCAUGGUGGGGAACCUGGUAGCAGGGAAGAGGAUAGCCCAGGCAGCAGGCAGGGAUCUGGGAAUGAUCGAGGACCAGGACCUGGUCAGGAAGCUCCGUAUGUGGCCUACUAUCAUGCACCAGUUCCUGUCCGAGGCUCUACAGUGGAGGGCACAGACUGAUCCAGACCACUGUCUCUAUGUGCUGCUCAAUGCAAAGGGUCUAGUUGUAUCCACAGCAACGUGUGUGCAGCUGCACAAGCGGGCGGAGAAGAUAGCAGCGGCUCUCACAGAGAAGGGCAGCGUCAACACCGGGAACAACGUGGUGCUGCUCUACCCUCCUGGUAUUGAUCUGAUAGCCUCUUUCUAUGGCUGCCUGUAUGCUGGCUGUGUUCCUGUCACUGUCAGACCUCCUCACCCACAGAACCUGGCAGCCACACUGCCCACUGUCCGCAUGAUCAUUGACGUCAGUAAAGCUGCCUGUAUCCUCACCACUCAGAACCUCAUGAGGAUCCUGCGCUCCAAAGAAGCUGCUGCCACUGUGAACAUUAAAACAUGGCCGACAAUCAUAGACACAGAUGACCUCCCUCGGCGUAGACCCCCAAUGAUCUAUAAGCCCCCCACGGCAGAGAUGAUUGCCUAUCUGGACUUCAGUGUGUCUACUACAGGCAUGCUCACCGGGGUCAAGAUCUCCCAUGCGGCAGUCAGUGCUCUGUGUCGCUCCAUCAAGCUGCAGUGUGAACUCUACUCCUCACGCCAAAUAGCCAUCUGCCUAGACCCUUACUGUGGCCUGGGCUUUGUACUGUGGUGUCUCGCAAGUGUGUACUCAGGGCACCAGUCCAUCCUAAUCCCUCCUCUGGAGUUGGAGAGCUGUCUGCCCCUGUGGCUGAGCACCCUGAGCCAGUACCGGAUCAGAGACACCUUCUGCUCCUACUCUGUCAUGGAGCUCUGCACCAAGGGGAUAGGCACGCAGACAGAGAUACUCAAAGCGCGGGGGCUGAACCUGUCAUGUGUGAGGAGCUGUGUGGUGAUAGCAGAGGAGCGUCCUCGUCUGGCCCUCACCAUGUCCUUCUCCAAGUUGUUUAAAGACCUGGGCCUCUCACCCCGCGCUGUCAGCACAGCCUUCGGAUCCAGGGUCAACCUUGCCAUUUGCAUGCAGGGCACCACUGGACCGGACACCUCCACUGUGUAUGUGGACAUGAAGUCCCUCCGCCAUGACAGAGUGAGGCUGGUGGAGAGAGGAGCCCCUCAGAGUCUCCCUCUGAUGGAGUCUGGCAAAAUCUUACCAGGAGUCAGGGUGAUCAUCGUGAACCCAGAGACCAGGGGACCUCUAGGAGAUUCCCAUCUAGGAGAGAUCUGGAUCAACAGCCCUCACAGUGCCAGUGGCUACUAUGCCAUCUAUGGAGAGGAGAGCCUGCAGGCCGACCACUUCAACACCAAGCUGAGCUUCGGAGAUCCCACGACCCUUUGGGCCAGGACUGGCUACCUGGGCUUCGUCAAGAGGACUGAGCUACUGGAUGCCGCUGGGGAUCGUCAUGACGCCCUGUUUGUGGUGGGUUCCCUGGAUGAGACUCUAGAGCUGAGGGGGCUGCGCUACCACCCUAUCGACAUCGAGACAUCUGUGUCCCGGGCUCAUCGCAGCAUUGCAGAGAGUGCGGUAUUCACAUGGACCAACCUACUGGUGGUGGUGGCUGAACUGAGUGGCUCAGAGCAGGAUGCCCUGGACCUGGUGCCCCUGGUCACCAAUGUGGUGCUGGAGGAGCACCACCUCAUCGUGGGCGUGGUGGUCAUCGUGGACCCGGGGGUCAUACCCAUCAACUCCAGGGGGGAGAAACAACGCAUGCACCUCCGGGACUCCUUCCUGGCUGACCAACUGGACCCCAUCUAUGUGGCCUAUAAUAUGUGAAGGGCCAGGGGGAUAGGCUGGUUAUUGUAUGAUGGAAGAGAUUCUGGCUGGUGGAAGAAAGUGGUUUGGACCAACCUACUCCAGACAGACAAUGCAUAUUGUACCACAAGGUGGUACAACUUGACUGUACUUGACUUGACUGUACUGUUCUGCCAACCACAAGGUUGGCUGACCUUGACUGUACUGACCCUUGGGGAAACCACAGCUCUUUUUGGGGUGCACGAUGUUCAGAUCUUAGGUAUUUUGCAUUCCAGGUCUGUUGGAUUUGAAGGGGGCACUCUGUUGUGUUUUGAGACGUACACUGUGUUUGAAAAAAUGAAGAAGAAAAAAAUAAAUAUAUAUAUAUAUAUAUUCACACCCGGACAGAGUGAGUGUGUCUACACCAAACACAGCUGUUCAACUGGAACUGGAUGGGAAGAUAACUCUAAUCUCGCAACACCCCCUACAACCCUCCUGCCAAAUCAAACACCUCAACAGCCUGACUGGCCCUCUAUUUGCACAGAGUGUCGGGGAGUAUUAAGGUGCUGAAGUCAAUCUUAACUCUCCCCACUCCUCCACAAUCCAAUCAUCUGUGGGGUAUUGUGAGGGGCCAUGGGAUGAGGACUUCCUGUCUCUUGUGACAUCAUUUUCUGUGGUUGAGUGAUGUGUACAAAAUGCAUCCAUUAUAACUGUUUCUCCUCCCAAAGCUUUCCAGGUCUUACCCAGUCCUUGUUUUCUUUUUCUUAUCUGUGACUUAUUCUAAAUUGCCAUAUUUGUACUGUAUUCACGCACACAUUCACAGAAACUCACACCGGUGCUUGCUUCACCCUGUAGUGGCCUCUUAUCCGUGCACUUUGAGGCAGGGGGUUAUGAAGGAUGUGUGAAGGUAUGUUAGAACACUAAUGAACAUAUUAGCUAGACCAAUCAUCAGCUGUUGAUUUAAUUUAUCCUGUCAGUCAUCAUGUACUGUACUUACAUCACAGGUUUAUUGCUUGAAGUUUUACAAAGGCAAAAUAUGAAAUGGAACACAUUUUCACCUUUCUUGAAUUACGUUUACUUCCUGCCUUAUAAAACUUUGCCCAUA